CCAUAGUUUACACUGACUGGAUAAUUUUGGGCUGUUUGGCAGGCCCAGCUGCAUCGUUGAAGCGUAGCAAGGGUUUCUGUGUCUGUUGUGUGCAAAGUGCAGUGGUAGCGAGCUAGGGUUUCUGCGUCUGCGACAAUGACCAAGUUUAGGAAACUAGGUCGACCCACCGGUCACCGCAUGUCCAUGCUUAGAACCAUGGUUUCCCAGUUGGUGAAGCACGAGCGCAUCGAAACUACCGUUGCCAAGGCGAAAGAGAUCCGAAGGCUUGCGGAUAAUAUGGUACAGCUUGGAAAGGAGGGAUCCGUAUGUGCUGCAAGACGUGCUGCUAGUUUUGUGCGAGGAGAUGAUGUCCUUCACAAGCUGUUUACAGAACUGGCUUAUCGGUACAAGGAUAGAGCUGGUGGAUACACCAGAUUGCUUCGAACCCGUAUUCGAGUGGGCGAUGCUGCACCAAUGGCAUAUAUCGAGUUCAUUGACAGAGAAAAUGAGCUUAGGCAGUCAAAGCCACCUACUCCUCAACCACCUCCGAGAGCACCCCUUGAUCCCUGGACACGUUCUCGUCUCAGCAGGCAAUUUGCACCUCCUAAAGAGGAUAAAUCUGAAUCUGAUUUGUGAUUCAUUCGAAUGUAAUGAUGAUACCAUUUUGCUUCUCUCAUAGCAUGAUAUAAUAUAAAUUUUGGCUUUAUUUUAUCUAGCUCUGCAUGGUUUGCAAAAAUAAAACUAUUCUAAGCCUGUUCCUAGAGAAAA